UGCAAGCAAUCACUGAGGAAAUGCAGCAGAACAGAGUCAUGAUGAUUUUGUCUAUAAAGGUGGAUGUAUUGAUGCGCAGAGAGUGACAGAUGCCAUGUCUUAUCUCAGGUGCACAGAAGCGGCGCUUUUACUCUUCACAUUUGUGCAACUCACUGCAGCCUUAAAGUGUGUAUGCCCCUUGUGUGUAAACCACACCUGUGAGACAGAGGCAGAAGGAGCAUGUUGGAACUCAGUAAUGCUCAUAAAUGGGAAGGAGGAGGUUGUGAAGUCUUGCCUGUCCCCAUCAGAGCUCAAGGGUCAGGUGUUCUGCUACAGCUCUCGAUAUGUCUCCAAACGCAACUGCUGCUUUACAGACUUCUGCAACAAUGAGACGCUACACCUCAAUCCAGAGCCACCGCCUGAGGGGUCUGGGUGGAGUCAGCUGGAACUAGCAGCCGUAAUUCUUGUGCCAUCGUGCCUGGUGUGUGUAGGUGUCAUUCUGGGAAAGUGUGCCAUACAAAACCUGCGGUGCAACCACAUAAAAGCCCACAAACAGGAUCCAGAGGAACCCCUGGAUGACCAGACUCUUGUGUCACCUGACAAAUGCCUAAAAGAGCUUAUUUAUGACAUGAGCUCCUUUGGCUCAGGAUCAGGACUGCCACUAUUGGUCCAGAGAACGAUUGCUAGAACUAUUGUCCUGCAGGAGAGUAUUGGGAAGGGGCGCUUUGGGGAAGUGUGGAGGGGCAAAUGGAGGGGGGAGGACGUCGCUGUGAAGAUCUUCUCCACACGAGAUGAGCGUUCCUGGUUUCGUGAGGCUGAGAUUUAUCAGACCAUUAUGCUACGCCAUGAGAAUAUUUUGGGUUUUAUUGCUGCUGAUAACAAAGAUAAUGGCUCAUGGACACAGCUGUGGCUGGUGUCUGAGUAUCAUGAGCACGGGUCUCUUUUUGAUUACCUGAACAGAUACACAGUAUCAGUGGAGGGGAUGAUAGUUCUGGCACUGUCCAUUGCCAGUGGCAUUGCCCACCUGCACAUGGAGAUUAUUGGCACUCAAGGAAAGCCUGCCAUUGCCCACAGAGACAUAAAGUCAAAGAACAUUCUGGUAAAGAAGAAUGGAACUGCUGUGAUUGCUGAUCUUGGUUUGGCUGUCAAACACGACUCCAACACCAACACUGUUGACAUCCCCAUUAACCACAGAGUGGGCACCAAGAGGUAUAUGGCUCCAGAGAUCCUGGAUGAUUCCAUAAACACGAGCAGUUUCGAGUCAUUUAAGCGUGCUGAUAUCUAUUCACUUGGGCUGGUGUUCUGGGAACUUGCUCGCAGAUGUUCUGUCCAAGGGAUUUAUGAAGAUUUCCAGUUGCCUUAUUAUGACCAGGUGCAAUCAGACCCAUCAGUGGAUGAUAUGAGGAAGGUGGUGUGUGAACAGAAACUACGACCCAACAUUCCCAACCAGUGGCAGAGCUGUGAGGCACUGAGGGUUAUGGGUAAGAUCAUGCGGGAGUGCUGGUACGCCAGUCCAGCUGCUCGGCUGACAGCACUACGUGUCAAGAAGACUGUACCUCAGGUAACUGUGGUCAAGGACAUUAAAGAGUAAGCCAGUGGCCUGGUGCCCCUCUUAUCUCUGUCUGUCAGUGUUGUUGUGACAUUUCAGAUGCUCAGUUGAGAUGCCAAAGAUUCCAGGAGCUUAAGAGGGAAAUGUUAUCUUGUGCUUUCUAAGCAUUAGGAGAAUUAACGAAAGAGAGUGUAUUUUGUUUCUUAACCAAUAGAUGGUGAUAGAGUACUGAUACUGUAUACUGCUACCUCAACUGAUCCUGUAAGUGUCAAAUGCUUGGAGUUGCACUUGUUAUGCUUUGUGCCAUUAAUGUUUUGCUUGGUGUUACUUAAAAUUACACAGUGUUAAAAAUAUAAGUUGAAAUGUCUAUACACACACAGACCAACAAACAGGACCAACAUUUUAAGACCAUGUUUUGAUGUCAGACAGUGUAAUGUGGUCUGAAGUAGCUAAGCUUGAUUUUUCAAUGUGCAGAUUGUGGUUUCCUGGAACUAUUUUUCUACUGUUUACCACAGCUCUCAUCAUUUUCGAUUGUACUGUCUAACUGAAGGAGGAUUUCCUGUAAACCCUAUCAUUUCUGAAUGUAAAAAGAAUAGUUUGCGUUUUGUGUAUAUGCAAAUGUCUGGGCCAAAUCCUGAUGUCUAAAGCAAAAAAAGGAAAGAAAAGAAAAACAAGAAAAAAAAAAGAAAAAUAAAAAAAGUUAUGUAUCUGAUCAUCCAAAGCCUUUUAACCAGAUUCUUCUCAGAGCAGGGGUCUCCAACCUUUUAUAUUUCACAGACAGGUGAAAAUAUAUAUGUGGACCAGCUGGAUGUCAAUGCAGUGUUUGAGGUGUGAUCAUGUUAACUAUUACAUUAAAUUUACAUGAAAUCAGCACAACUAUAUGAUUCUCAUAACUAUUGAUGUGAUUAUAACAACCUAAUUCAGCACAGGGUGAAGUUCUGGAGAUUUUACACCUACCUGUAGCCUGUUAUAUAGAUUCAAAUUCAGGUGCAGCUCCUUUGACUCAAGAAGUUAAACCAGACAGCCAUGCAUUCGUAGAUGCUGCUCUGUCUGCAUAUCCCAAUGUAAAAGGAUCAAAUAUGCCUGAUAUGUAGUAAUUCAGGGACUUGAAAAUCUCUGCUCCAGUUUUACUACUGUAGCUGACAUUAAAAGCACCCAUGCACUUUGGCUUGAAAUAUAUUGCUCAUAAACCAGUAUGUCCAUUGGUCAAUUUGUCAAGCUGCAGUGCAUACAGUGACUUGUUUUGCCUGUCUAACAAUUGUACUUCAAUUUCAUUUAUUCUCAGUCUGAAUGUGGUAGCUGAAAGGACUUCUUUAGUGAGAUGGUCAGACAUCAAGUAUGACUUUUAGUGCAGCCAUGGCCGUAGCCAGACUUUGAAAAUUAGUGAGGUCCAGGGGGUUUCUAUAAUAAACCCCUUAUUAUAGAAUUGUGCUAUAAUAACCCCUAUAAAUACAACUUAAUUAUAUAUCCUAUUUAUUGCAUCAAAGUUUGUUAAUACUAUAUUUGUGUGGUGGAUUACCAUGUUAUGAUUAUGUUAUGGGCUUUAUUGUCCCAAUAAGGUGACAUCCAUUAAAUUAGACUCAAUAAGUUAUUAUUGCAUACUCCUCCAAUGUACUACAAUACUGAGGUGCAGAUAAUUGCCACUAUUUGCAGUAAGUAGUAUAAAUAGCAGAAAAUCCUGCUAUUUUAACAUAUUAUAAAUAGAAUCUAUAGAUAUUUGCACUUAGUGUAAAUAUCCGCUGCCUUUUUUUAUUACAGGCAGACUAAUGUCGGCGGUGCUAUGUUGCCAGAUGUUGCUAUUAAAAUGAACAGAAACCUAUAAAUAAAUAGAAAUAAACCAAAAUUAUUUAAAAUAUUUUGGAAAUUAGAUAAAAUAAAGUUAUCACUGACCCUAAUCCACGUGUCAAAUUAAGUGGAAAAACUAGUCAAAAACGCUUACAUGAAAGCUGCGUCUCGAGCUCUCACUUGAACUAACCAUGGACACUAAACAUUCUGAAUUAUACAUGCAGACAUUCAAAUGAGGAGUUUAGCAGCAUAUGAGUCAAUCAGAGAACACAUUUUAUUUUUGAACAUGAAAAAUGUACAGAGGUGACCUCAUAGCUGGCUACGGCCAUGAGUGUGCCAUGUUUGUAGACAUGGUGGCUUUCAUUGACCCAUUUGCUACACAUGCUCCAAAGCGUGUGAACGGCCCAUAGCCACAAAACCUUAUUUAAGUUAUAUUUAAGUCAUCACAUUUUUGGUUAAAGGCAGCUUUCCUUUUUCUUAUCAGUAGAUGCAUUAUCGCCAUUCCAUGUUCUUUUCCUGCCUUCUUCACUAAAUAAAUUUUAAGGGAUGUCUGCUGCAAUAGUGGAACUGAUGUUCUUCUGAAAUGAUAGCCUCUCCAUUGAAUUACAUAGUUAGCACUUUUUCAAUAAAUUAUGUUUUGCUGCAGACAUUUUUCCCAGAUUGUUCUUGUGACUAGUAGCAUACAAUAGAACAGAAUAGAAUAUAUAUAUAUAUUUUUUCAUUUUACAGCUGUUCAACAAAUAUUUAUUUCUCUCACAUUUGAAAGUACACGCAUACAAAAAUGUACAUUAAACAAAAUAUGAACAAUGAUACAGAAAAAGUAAACAGCAAAAAUGUAUACAGGUAGACAGUGCAAAUGUAUAUAUAUAUGUGCUGCACCACUACACCGAUAGCUGUAUGAGUGAUAAGUGUAUAGUUCUUAGUUCAGUUUUAAGAUGGCAAGCAGGUAAAAACUGUUCCGAAGGGAACACGUCCCAGCCAGGAUUUUAAUAAUGCCUAAAACAUCCAGAGCAGUUUGACCAAUAACAUGCAGGUAUUGUACAUAAUCAACCAAUCGUGGGGCUGUGUGUGAGAAGGUGAGAUCUAGAGGGAACGAUCAAAGCGAUGCAAAUAUGCACACUUGUUUGUUCGUUCAUUCAAUUGACUUGAACCGCCGCUGCACCCAAAUCCCAAAAAAACAAAGUGCGCCACAAUGCUUCAAGUCAAACCAACAAACACACGUGAAAACGAUUCGAAAGCAUAAGGAGCCAUCUGCUCUACUCUUUAUAGCUCUCAUGAAUGUAACACAACGAUCAACCUGCACAGUGCAAAUAGCCGAAACCUGGAUAUUUUAGGCAAUAUUAAAAUCCUGGCUGGGACGUGUUCCGUAUGAACGGCGCAUAUGGUCACCCUAUGUAGAUGUCAGCAAGUGAAGGUAGAUGUGCACCAGUGAUUUUCUCUGCAGAGUUGAUGACUCUACAAAGCUUUUUUUUUUUUUUUUUUCUCAGCAAAAGUUCAGCCAGCAUACCACACCAAAAAGCUAUGCUUCCUACUGAACAGUGGUACAACAGUGACACAAGCAGCUGCUGAGACAGGUUAGCUUUUUCUCAGCAUCCUCAGAAAGUACAGCCAUCGCUGUGCCUUCUCGAUCAGGGACAUUGUGAAAUUUAAUGGUUGUCACCCUCUCCACCAUUUCUCCUCCAAUGUAUAAAGGAGGUUGGUUCCUCUUUCUGUUUCUGGCAGUUGAUGAUGAGCUUAUUUGCUUUAAAGGUGUAGAGUGCAAGGUUGUUAUUAAUGCACAUUAAGACUGAUAGCUGUUUUCUUGGGGAAGGGCACAAAAGUAGCAGACUUGAGGCAGUUGGGGACAGUGCAUGUGGACAAAAAGAGGUUGAAGAUGUUAUAGAAAACCUCUGCCAACUGAUCUGCGCAAUCUCUGAGUGCCCUUCCUGGAAUGCUGCGUGGACCGGCAUCCUUUCUGGGGUUGACACUACAGAGCAUUUUUCUGAGCUCUGCUGUAUUUAACACAAGGUGACAGGCUGUCAGUGGAUGGUAACAGCACAGACACAGUCUCGUCCGUGCUGGCAUGACAUUAAAUGGGAUGUAGCCUUUAGGUUGGGGACCUCUGAUCUAGAGAACUUCUGAAUGCCAAUGUGAAAUAUAUGAAUGUGAAGAAAGUAUAAAUUUUAUACUGUUAAUACUCAAGUAGUAUUUUAUUGCACUAUAAAAAGGCUCUAAGCUGCUCAAGUAUAUAAAUCGACAUUCAACAGGUUUAUUAUUCGACAUUCAACUUCUAUAUUUCAAAUGAUGGAAUAGCCCAGCUAAUCUAAAACCAAACAUAAAAUGUUUUGUGUGUAUAAAUAGUCAUGGGAGUGUAUUGGAGCAUUUUAAUUUCUUAAAGUUUAUAACUGCACAGCUACUUGUCUGCUAAAUAUUGUGCUUUACGUCUUUGUGUCUUUGUGUUGUUUCACUGAGAUGUAAGGCUGUUCACUAGGGAUUUCUCUAUUAGCAGUCCCGAGAUGUGUGUUUGUGUAACUGAAUGUGUGUGAUAUAUGCCUUGUGAAGUUCUUGUGCAUACAGAGUUCUACUUUUUGUACAGCAAUGUAAUCUAGAACAUUCUUGUCUGUAAAUUAUAUCACUUUGAAUGUCUGAUUUGGGUUAAAAUUGCCUGUGUUGUUGUGAAACUAACAAAGCUUGUAUUUAUGGAAUUUUACAAACUCUUAUAAAGUAUAUGCAUAUGAUGCAUGUUAUAUUUUAGUCUUAAGUCUUUCAUCAGACAUGGACAUAAUUUGCUAAAUGCUUUGCAUAAACAUCCAUAUUAUAAUAUUUAAUCGGUACCAAUAAGUGUUUUCAUUCAUUUUUUUUCUAUUAAAAAAUGGUCUUGUUUUAACCUGUUUUAGUCAUUUGCGGAAGCAUUAAAUGCUAAAAAGGAAUUGGAGGAAAUGUCUGGAUGAAACCAAAUACUUAAAAACUUUGGAAAAUCUGCACCAUUUACAGCCUGAUGCUGUUGAGAAAUGUUGUAGCUUACUAUUUUUAAUUUGGGUAUUUAAUCUGAGAUCCUAACAAAUGUCACUGUUUCAGCCUACAAAGUGCUGUCUUAUGUUGUGAGACAGAACAGAGGCAUUUUUAUGAGGAGGGUGGAAUAGAUUAUGUAAUAUAUAGCCACUGUCUUUUUGUGAGAAGCAUUGUGUUUUGUCUUGUAGCAUUGUGUUUUGUAUGUAAACCAUAAAGUAAUAAACUACUUUUCA